GUGGACGGGCUGGAUCUCGGCGGCGCCGAUCUCGACGACGGGCGGCCGAUUGCGGCCCUCGAGGAGCGCUGGGUGCCGGGCAGGGCGCCGCGCACCCACGGCUUCGGCAAGGACAGCGGAGACUUGCGUGCCGGGCGCCCCCGUUUCGGCGCCGGCGGCGGCGCGGGCACCGAGGACCGGCCGCUGGCCGACGAGGGGCCGCGCUCGCGUGCCUCGGCCACCGCCCGGCGGAGCGCUGGAG